UAUUUUAUUAUGAAAUUCCGAAGGCGAAGUUGGUGCGGGGGACUCUGUGACAUGUUUACGAAUUCUCAUCAUUUUCAUCAAUUAAACAAAUGAAAGACUUCUGGGUUUGUUGUUGGAGGAUUGAUACUUAUUCUCUGAGGCAUUUCAAGUGCAGGUCAGAUUACCCCCCACUGUAACAGUACCAAGGGGGCUGGGUAUAACAGAAGCAGUGACGUCAUCCCAUCUGCCCAUUGAGUAAUUGUGAAGCAGAACUUCACCUUUGCCAGUGAAUCAAGACAGACAGACAGACGAGUUACCUAUUGGAGUGUCUCCGAGCAUGUGAGGCGGAUCAAGAGCGUUGAGCCGAUAGCAGACAGAACUCGUUAUAGGAUGAAGAUGUAUCACCGAUAUCUGAUGAAGAUGGAACUCGGGCAGGUUGCUGUCACCCUGCUCGUCUUGUGUGCAGAGAUCAUAAAUACUUCCGCUGAUGUUAUUGCUACUUCUCCACAUAAUGAUACUCAACGUUUUCAGUCAGUCACAGCAGCAUUCGGAUCCAACCCAGAUGGCCGAAUGGGUUGGUUGGUGGUAGCCAAUCCCAGCGAAGCGUGUCAGUCGAUAGACAAUCCUCCCGUUCAUCUACGAAACACUUCAGAGAUGUACUUUGCUCUCAUCAAGAGAGGCAAAUGUGACUUUGAUAAAAAGGUUUUUAAUGCCCAGCAGGCAGGAUACAUCGGGGCUAUUGUGUACAACGAUGAAGGAAAUAUUCUCACCACAAUGAGUGGUAGUGCGAAGAGUGUGUAUAUACCUUCAGUAUUUGUUGGCCUAGAUGCUGGAACGAUAUUGAAAGGGAUGAACUACACCACUGGGUACCAUGUGAUCCUAUUGCCCACUGUAAAUCCGUCCUUGGGAUAUUACUUCUUACCUUUCAUUAGCGUCACAUCCACUUGUCUCCUCUUCUUCGCCCUGUAUGCGAUUGCAAAAUAUGUGAGAGAUCAGAGGAGACGAAGAAAAGCCAGACUAUCCCGGGACCAUCUUAAGAAGCUGCCGAUCAAGAAAUUCAAGAAAGGUGAUGAAUAUGAUAUCUGUGCCAUCUGCAUUGAUGACUAUGAAGAAGGCCAAAAGCUACGCAUCCUGCCUUGCAACCAUGCGUUCCACUGUAAAUGCAUUGAUCCAUGGCUUACAAAUAACCGUCGCACCUGCCCCAUCUGCAAGCGCAAGGUCAUCCCUCCCGGCAUGGUCGACUCUGAUGAGGAAUCCGACUCCGACGCCGAUGUCUCCCCAAACGAGAAUACCCCCCUCCUCUCUGGUGGCACGCAGUCGGGUAACCUGAUGGAGCGUGGUGCGGUUGGUGGGGUGGCCGAGACGGCGACACCGCCCCCGUCCCCGAUGACAUCCACAGAAGGCGAUGACUACCCGCCCAUCGAAACCCUGAUCAAGGUGGACUCUGAUUCCGAGUCAUCGGGAAGCUUCCCCUUGGAGGAAGCCAGAGGAAACAUCCAGGACCCUUCGAAUGUCCUCAGCGUAACUGUGCACUCGGAGAAUGAGAUAGACCCCAGCACGAGCAGUGCUCCUGAAAAUCCUUUAAUCGAGCAGUGCUAUAAAGUCUGAAAUCCUCAAACGUGGGAUGCUGUUAUUAAUUAAAAGGAAUGAACUACUUGAAGCAUCACUAUCUUGAAAUUGAAAGAGAACCUUGAUGAGUGAGGACAACAGACUGAUUAAUAACUUAAUUAAUUGAAUGUACAAAGGUGGAUCUAUAGAGAACUUAUAUACAAUUUUCAUUUUACAUCGUCAACAUCACAGAAAGUUGUGACUUAUGCCAGUUUAUGGUUUGUCACCUUAUCUUCACCCUCCUCCCAUUCUAGACAACCAGCGGGCCGUUUCAUAAAGCUGUUUGUAUAAAGUCAAAGGUAAAUGCUAGUUUUUGUAACGGUAUCAAAAUGAGUUCGUA